UCCCUAAAUAUUAUCAGCAAGCGAACAUAAAUCAUUCCUAAAAAUAUAGCGCCUCUGAGUUUUAAUUAAAAUAACAAUAAAUUUGCGAAAUACAAUUAGGGACACUUACCGCGCGUGACAAGAAAUCAAGUUUUUAAUUUUUUAAUUUUGUUUACAUUUGUCUGCUGUUGAUCGGAUUGUUUAGCCCUCUAAUUGAGUAAAAUAAACAAAAGGAAAGUUCAAGCGUGUUCACUGGAGAAGAAUGCUGCUCUCGGGUUUUUUGUUUUUAAUUCUCACCAAUAUAGUUAAUGGUGAGGAGGUUGCGCGAAUGACAGCUGCCACAAAGCCCAACAUUAUAUUUAUUUUGGCCGAUGAUCUGGGCUUUAACGAUGUGGGUUUCCAUGGCUCGGCGCAGAUUCCCACACCCAACAUUGAUGCCCUGGCCUACUCGGGUAUUAUUCUGAAUCGAUACUAUGUGAAUCCCAUUUGCACGCCCUCGAGAUCGGCUUUGAUGACGGGGAAAUAUCCCAUACACACUGGAAUGCAACACACGGUACUCUAUGCCGCUGAACCGCGAGGGUUACCUCUAAAGGAGAAGAUACUGCCGCAGUAUUUGAAUGAUCUAGGGUACGCCUCUCAUAUAGCCGGCAAAUGGCAUCUGGGACACUGGAAACUGGAGUACACACCCCUUUACAGGGGUUUCCGCAGCCAUGUGGGCUUCUGGUCAGGCCACCACGACUACAACGAUCACACGGCUUUCGAGCACAACCUCUGGGGCCUGGACAUGCGGAAUGGAGUGGAUGUGGCCUUCGAUUUGCAUGGAAAGUACACUACGGACGUGAUAACCGAACAGUCGGUCAAAGUGAUUGCCAGCCACAAUGCGACCGAAGGACCUCUAUUUCUGUACGUGGCCCAUGCCGCCUGCCAUUCGAGUAAUCCCUACAAUCCGUUACCAGUUCCUGAUGACGAUGUCAUGAAGAUGGGUCAUAUUCCGCACUAUAAACGCCGAAAAUACGCAGCUAUGGUGUCGAAAAUGGACGAAUCUGUGGGUAUGAUUGUGGAUCAGUUACGCAAGUCAAAUAUGCUGGAAAACUCCAUCAUUAUUUUCUCCUCGGACAACGGAGGUCCUGCCCAAGGCUUCAACCUGAACUUCGCCUCCAAUUAUCCACUGAAGGGUGUAAAGAACACCCUCUGGGAGGGAGGAGUCCGUGCAGCUGGUCUGAUUUGGUCGCCCCUCCUCAAGAAGCGCGAACGAGUCGCCGAUCAGACGAUGCACAUCACCGACUGGCUGCCCACGCUUCUGGAGGCAGCUGGUGGGCCUUCCGCUCUGGCCAAUCUCAGCCAGGAACUAGAUGGCCAAAGCAUUUGGCAGGCACUAACCCAUGAUGAGGCAUCUCCGCGUCGAACUGUGCUCCACAACAUAGACGACAUCUGGGGCAGUGCUGCUGUGACCGUGGGCGACUGGAAAGUGGUCAAGGGAACCAAUUACAAAGGCGGAUGGGAUGGAUGGUAUGGACCGUCUGGCGAACGGAGUCCUCAUGCCUACGACUGGCACCUGGUGCCCAAAAGCCCAUCAGGCAAGGCUUUAGUGGCCCUGAAGAUGCUACCAAGUCAAGCCGAUCAGCAGAGGCUACGAGAAGCGGCCACCGUGACUUGCCAGGGUCAAUCCUCCCAAGGAAGCAGCUGCAAGGCCACCGCAUUCUCAGCUCCCUGUUUGUUCCACAUACGGGACGAUCCCUGCGAGCAAUUUAACCUGGCGGAACAAUACCCCAAAGUCCUCAGUGAUCUGAUGGCCGAAUUGGAUCGCUUUAACUCCACAGUGGUGCCUCCUUCGAAUAAGCCUGGGGAUCCCCGAGCUGAUCCAAGAUUCUGGAACUUUACGUGGACGAACUUCGGAGAUUACUUCAAUUAUAAUGAAGAUCCCAUUUCUGGGGAUCUAAGCUUGUUUUUAAAAAAAUAACCAGAAAAGACUGCCUAGAAUAAAGAGAUUUAUUUUUAGUUUGACUAAAUUUAUGUGAAAUUAUUUCUGUUAUUC